AUGAACCGAACUCGUUUGGAUUCCCUGCAGCUGGCGGUCAAAAAUGCGCUGCGGUAUUUCCCUCCUCGUCUCCACGCGACCCUGGCCCCCGAAUUCGCCUCUGAGCUCCAAGUCUACGGGCACAUUUACAUGUACCGAUUCCUCCCGGACUUCCCGAUACGGGCCUACCCGGUCGACGCCUACCCCGCGAAGACGACGUCUGCCGCCUGCAUCAUGCACAUGAUCAUGAACAAUCUGGAUCCCCGCGUCGCGCAGUUUCCUCAGGAACUGGUCACCUACGGCGGGAACGGGCAAGUCUUCUCCAACUGGGCUCAGUUCUGGCUGGUGAUGCGGUACCUGAGCGAGCUCCGAGAGGACCAGACCCUGGUGAUGUACUCGGGGCAUCCCCUGGGCCUCUUCCCCGCCACGCACCAUUCCCCGAGGAUGGUCAUCACGAACGGGAUGGUCAUUCCGAGUCACUCGUCGCGGGAGGACUACGACCGGCUCUUCGCUCUCGGCGUUACCAUGUGCGGGUGGUGGCGCUUCUGUCGCCUGUACGGUCAAAUGACGGCAGGGAGUUACUGUUACAUCGGUCCUCAGGGUAUCGUUCACGGCACCACUAUCACGGUUCUGAACGCGGGCCGGAAGUACCUGGGCCUCGAAGACCUCAGGGGGAAGGUGCUUGUGACUUCGGGGCUCGGGGGGAUGAGCGGAGCCCAGGCGAAGGCGGCCGUCAUCGCCGGGUGCAUCGCGCUCAUCGCUGAGGUGAGCGAGGAAGCCCUGAUGAAGCGAUACGACCAAGGCUGGCUGAAAGAGUACUACCGAGACGUGGACGAAGUCAUCUCCCGAGUGAGAAAAGCGAGACGAAACCACGAGGUCACGAGCAUCGGCUACCUGGGCAACGUGGUGACCCUCUGGGAGCGACUGGCGGGGCUGCUCGAGGCCGACGGGGAGAUGCUGGUGGAGCUCGGCUCCGAUCAGACCUCCUGCCACAAUCCCUUCAAUGGAGGGUAUUAUCCCGUGCAGAUCGGGUUUCAAGAGGCAAGGGAGAUGAUGGGGGAAGAGCCGGAAAAGUUCAAGGCGUUGGUAGAAGAGAGUCUGCGACGACAGGUGAAGGCCAUCAACAAGUUGUCCAAGGCGGGGAUGAAGUUCUGGGACUACGGGAACGCCUUCCUGUUGGAGGCGGGACGGGCAGGCGCAUCCGUGCACCUCCCGGGUGCGUCUCCCGACUCCCUCCGGUUCCGCUAUCCCUCCUACGUCCAGGACAUCAUGGGGGACAUCUUUUCCAUGGGGUUUGGUCCCUUCCGAUGGGUGUGCACCUCGGGAUCGCCCGAUGACCUCAGGAAAACGGAUCAGAUGGCCAUACGAUUGCUCAAGGAUCUAUCCAAUGAGGAGAUGCCGGAGUGGGUGCGGAGCCAGUACUCGGACAACAUCAGGUGGAUGGAGGGAGCGGGAGAGGCCGCCCUGGUGGUGGGAUCCCAGGCGCGGAUCCUCUACAGCGACCAGAAGGGUCGGGUCGCCCUGGCGGCGCUCUUCAACGAGGCCGUUGCGAUGGACGAGCUCGAGGGUCCGGUGGUGAUCAGCCGGGAUCACCACGACGUGAGCGGGACGGAUAGCCCCUAUCGGGAAACAUCAAACAUCGAAGACGGAUCUGCUUUUUGUGCUGACAUGGCAGUGCAGAACUGCAUCGGGGAUGCGUUCCGGGGGGCGACUUGGGUUGCACUGCACAACGGGGGUGGCGUCGGAUGGGGAGAAGUGACGAACGGAGGCUUCGGACUGGUCCUGGACGGGACGCCAGAGGCGAGCGAGCGGGCGAAGGCCAUGCUGGCCUGGGACGUGUCGAACGGGGUCGCCAGGCGGAGCUGGGCGGGGAACCCUUUCGCGAUGGACGCGGUCGAGAGGACCAUGGCGGAGGACUCGCAGCUGAAGAUCACGAUGCCGCAUUCCGUCGAUGAGGGCAUCUUGCGAUCGCUCUUUUCCACGGAUCGUUAGUUUUCUCGGGGUCAUGAAGUGGACUUGCUAGCUUGGGUUCGUGCUUCUUUCGAGCAUUUUUGAGGCCGUUCGAGGAGGAUUCCAAAUGUAUCAUAGUUCCGCUCAAAAUAUUUUUUUUUAAAGGCAUGCAUCGAUAUUUGCACGAAGUCCAAACUUUUUUUUCGUAGGAGAGAAAUCUUGAAUAAAAUUCCUUAGUUCAAGCUA